AUGUCAAGUCUUAGAAGUCAUAAAAAUAGUCAUAGUGGGCAGAGACCCUACAAAUGUGAAGAAUGUGAUAAGUGCUUUACCAAUGCCUCAAAACUUAGUUGUCAUAAAAAUAUUCAUACUGGGAAGAAACUCUACAAAUGUGAAGAAUGUGACAAGUCCUUCAGCCACGCCUCAAAUCUUAGACGUCAUCAAAAUAUUCAUACUGGAGAGAAACCCUACAGAUGUGAAGAAUGUGGCAGGACCUUUCCUAGGCAUUCAACACUUAAGACUCAUUACACAAUUCAUACUGGAAAGAAACCCUACAGUUGUGAAGAAUGUGGCAGGUCCUUUCUUAGGCCUUCAACCCUUAAGAUUCAUUCCAUAAUUCAUACUGGACAGAAACCCUACAGAUGUAAAGAAUGUGGCAGGUCCUUUACUAUGCGCUCAUCACUUAAGACUCAUUACAAAAUUCAUACUGGAGAAAAACCCUAUAGCUGUGAAGCAUAA